AUGGAGACCAAACAACCCCACAGACUUCCACAUUCUUCAGCCUACAAUCUCCUUCUCCUAGCAGGAUCACGUCUCAAACUUCUCCACCAAGUCCACGCCCAUAUAAUAGCCUCAGGAUACGGUCGCAGCCGAUCCCUUCUUACUAAGCUUCUCAAUUUAGCUUGCGCUGCUGGCUCGAUUAGCUACACGCGCCAAAUCUUUCUCAUUGUCCCAAAUCCAGAUUCUUUCCUCUUCAAUUCCCUUAUCAAAUCCACGUCCAAAUUCCACGACUUCUCAGUUUAUUCCCUUUACUUCUAUAGCCUCAUGGUCCUUUCUAAUGUUCCAGCUUCGAAUUAUACUUUUACGAGUGUGAUUAAAUCUUGUGCUGAUUUAUUGGCUCUUAAACAUGGGAGGAUUGUUCAUGGACAUGUUUUGGUUAAUGGGUUUGGGUUGGAUGUGUAUGUUCAAGCGGCUUUGGUGGCUUUUUAUGGAAAAUGUGGUGACUUGGGUAAUGCGAGGAAGUUGUUUGAUAAAAUGCGUGACAGAAGUAUUGUGGCGUGGAAUUCAAUGAUUUCUGGGUAUGAGCAAAAUGGGUAUGCUAAAGAGGCAAUUUGGUUGUUUGAUCGAAUGAAGGAAAUGAGUGUCGAACCGGAUUCCGCCACGUUUGUGAGUGUUUUAUCCGCUUGUGCUCAUUUGGGUGCAUUUAGUUUAGGGUGUUGGGUGCAUGAGUAUAUUGUUAGGAAUGGUUUGGAUUUGAAUGUGGUGCUUGGUACUUCGUUGAUUAAUAUGUACACAAGGUGUGGGAAUGUGAGUAAAGCCAGAGAGGUUUUUGAUUUGAUGAAGGAAAGGAAUGUAGUAGCUUGGACGGUGAUGAUUUCUGGGUAUGGAACAAAUGGUUAUGGUAGCCAAGCUGUUGAGUUGUUUCAUGAAAUGAGAAGAAAUGGAUUAUUUCCUAAUAGUAUUACAUUUGUUGCUGUUUUGUCAGCAUGUGCUCAUGCGGGGUUAGUGAAUGAAGGGCGCUGGGUGUUUGCAAGCAUGAGAGAAGAGUAUCACUUGGUGCCUGGAGUGGAGCAUCAUGUUUGCUUGGUGGAUAUGCUUGGUCGUGCUGGACUUCUCGAUGAAGCAUACAAUUUUAUCAAAGAAGAAAUUCCUGAAGAGCCAGCACCUGCUAUUUGGACAGCGAUGCUUGGAGCUUGCAAGAUGCAUAAGAAUUUUGACCUUGGAGCACAAGUUGCUGAGCAUCUCUUGGCUGCCGAACCGGAAAAUCCAGCUCAUUAUGUGAUACUCUCAAAUAUAUAUGCUUUGGCAGGUAGAAUGGACCAAGUGGAAGUGGUUAGAGACAAUAUGAUUCGAAAACGCUUAAAGAAACAUGUUGGUUAUAGUACAAUAGAAGUGGAUCAAAAGACUUAUUUGUUUAGCACGGGGGACAAGUCUCACACUGAGACAAAUGAAAUUUAUCAUUAUCUAGAUGAUUUGAUGUGGAAAUGUAGGGAAGCAGGUUAUGUGACAAUAUCUGAUUCAGUGAUGCAUGAAUUGGAAGAGGAGGAGAGAGAAUAUGCACUUAGAUACCAUAGUGAGAAGCUAGCGAUUGCAUUUGGGUUAUUGAAAACCAGCCAUGGGACUCCUAUCAGGAUUGUGAAGAACCUCCGAAUGUGUGAAGAUUGUCAUUUGGCCAUUAAAUAUAUUUCAGUUGUCUCCAAUAGAGAACUUAUUGUUCGUGACAAGCUUCGCUUCCACCACUUCAAGGAUGGCUCGUGUUCUUGUCUUGAUUACUGGUGA